AUGAAUAGAUUAAAAAACAAUUUUAAAUACACGAAUAAUAAUAAAGAUAAAUUUUUAAAUUUAAAUAGGAAAGGUGACAAAAUUUAUUUUAAUGUUAUUAACGAUAUAUAUUUUAAAAAACAUUAUAAAUUUAAUAAAUUUAUGUCAGGAUACAAGUAUUGUAUAAAUUUAUCUAAUUUUAAUUCUUUAUACGUAAAAUUCACUAUAAUAAAUAAAAGAAACAGAGAAUAUGUAAACCUUGUUAAAUAUCUAAACGUAUUAAAUAGCAAUAUUAUAUUUUUAAAAACAAAAUAA